AUGAAGCAAGAGCCGCGUCAGGAUUAUCCCACUUCCAUAGUCGCAACCGCAAUGAGCACGGACAACAUGGCCAAGAUUGGAGUCUCCAAGUCACGCUUUGUGUCGAAGGUGGACGAGGCAACGAACGGGUUGCCGCAGCAGCAGAACGGAUGGGACAUUGCUCCGAUCAAGGAAGGUGGUAAUCGUGCCAAGCCUGAGACGCCCAAAUUUCUACAACUGCUGUACGAAAUUCUAGAAGUGGAAAGUCCCCGAGUCAUCCGGUGGUCUGAGGACGGUCUGGCUCUGCAGAUCUUGGAUCCCGUGACGGUCACGGAACAAAUCUUGCCGAAAUACUUUAACCACACGAACUUCCAUAGCUUCCAGCGGCAGCUCAACUACUUCGGCUUUCGCAAGUGGACCAAGUCCAAGACCGAUAUUUGCACUUUUAGUCACCCUUUCUUUCGAGAGAACCAGCCAAAGCUGCUGUUGCUCAUUAAGCGCAAGAAAGCUCCACGAAGAACCCCAUCCAGCACAUCUGGCAGCACAACUUCUGGCAUGACUGCGGCAAACUCGAUGUCCAAGCAACACCCGCCUUGCGCAAAGCGCAAGCUGCCAUCAGAUGACAGUAGCGCUGAAGUCCCUCAUGCCCGAAAGACUAGCAUACGCAUUGAGAUGACAAACUCAACAGCAGUCCAUGGCCAGUCCAUACUUGACGAGAUACCGCUCAGCGCCAUGACCACGCCGCACGGCUGUUCCUCGAACGGAUCGCUGAAUUUUUCACAAUGUGGAUCGAAGCGUCAGUGUUUGCCGGAGCUGAAUAACGUUAUUUCUCCUGUGGCGGCUACCGGGUGCAAGAAGAAAGCAAAAAAAAUUGAGAAGAAGGGAUACGUAGCGACCGCGACCAUACACACUCCGUUACCAUCAUCAAGCGAUGUGUUCAAGUCAAUUGUACAACCGUCGGCUCUACCGCCGAUGAAUGUAUCAGCAUUCGUGCCAUCGGGGUCGAUGGCCGCUCCUAGCAACGGCGCUACAUUGUGCAGCAGUAGUUGCGUGAGCUCUGACAGUGGGUACGCUCCUAUCUUAGGGCUUACUUCAACGCCGCUACCGACUCUGAAUAUCGUGCGCAGUCGCCUUAUUCAAAGUCAGCAAGUUGGUGGAUCGGAACAGCAACAGUCAAUCCUACGACAACAGCCGUACGACUACAAUGGUGUCUCUGGACUUUCAGCACCUGACAAGCCUCCGUGUGCGAGUGUGCCGGCCAUGAAGAAUCGGUCCGGUGUUUUAGUUCAACCAAUGGCUGUGGCAUCUGUCCCUAGAACAGAAUUGAAUCCAGGCCAGAGUGCUGCGUCCUCAAACUCCUUCAGUGAUCCAGUGAACAUCCUUCUUCGUAUCAAGAAGUCACAGGCUUCGUCUGGUGCAGGCCAGGACGUGGGGACGAAAAAGCAGCGAGCCGACGACCAAUACGACAACUUGACUUCGCUGCAUAACUAUCUGCUUGGAACAAGCUUGUUUACCAACCGCCUGCAGGCUCAGCUGAAGUUCGUUUCAGAAGAGAACGAGACCUUGAGGUACCUUUUGGACGCGAAGCAGCGCGAGGUAGACGAGUUGCAUGGUGGACGAAAGGUGCUUCAGCAGGAAAAUGCGGUCCUACUUGAAGACAAAAACAAGCUGUUCGAGAUAAACCGUGACCUGUUAGGCAAACUGUUUCCAAAAUGA